UGCAUGCUUUGCCAUCAGGCGAUCCAAAGGAGAGAUGGCAGUCGUAGAGGACUCCUCGGCUGACGUGCUGCUGAGACGGCUUGGACUGGAGAGGUUCUGCAAUGCCUUUGAGGCGGCUUUCUUGACAAACUGGGAUGUCCUGUGUGAAGUGACGCACGAUGACCUGCUCGCCAUUGGCAUGCAGGACAAGAAUGGUACACAACAGAAGAUCUUGGAGGUGAUUGAUGACCGCAAUUUGUUGUUUUGACUGCAGAGCGUGAUAUUCUUUUGCAUGCAAUCCAUAGCCACUUGCAGCCGACCCAAAGAGAUGACCACGAGGACGAGACGGUGUCCCUGGAGCCAAGAAAGACAACUGCAGAGACAAUCACUUCAGAAACUGGCUUGCCGGACGGGCAAGAAACAUACAGGGUGAGCACAACAGCUGAGACACUCACGUCGAUCGCGUGUCUUCCUUUGUUGGCCCUGUCAGUCGCACGGUCCCUCUCAGCCAAUCUCUCUGGAUCUCCUUUGUCGGUCUGGCGUGUCGGGACAGACAAGACGGAAAGGCGAGAGCAGGCGGACAUACGCCGGGAGAUUGACCCAUCUGAAGCUGGAAGAGAGGCACAUCGCAAAAAUUGUACACAGGAAGACGCAGGCGGACCUGCACAGAUGCAUAUUGUUUGCGUCUUGUUACUUUGUCAGGAGCAUUUCGACAUCCUUUGUCGGCAACUGCAGGUACUGUAUCUGUACAGCAACGCAGUGACGAAGAUCCAGCACCUUCCCGAGACUCUGACACACCUCUAUCUGCAAAACAACCGCAUUAGAAGGAUGGAGGGACUCGACAGGCUUGGGAUGCUGCGCAAACUGUCAGCUGAGACAAACAGAAUUCAUGCCACUGACACACAGUGCCCCACAUGUGGUGUGGUGUGCAGGUAUCUGAGUGAGAACUGCAUAGAGAGAGUGGAGGGGCUGCAGGGGUGUCAAAGCUUGGAAGAGUUGUAUAUCCAGGUAACAAAGACACUAGCAGUCGUGCACUGACCAAUUUGACCUCCCACCGGAUGCGCCCGUUUGUGCAGGAGCAGCGCAUAUCAGCUCCUCUGUCAUUCUGCCCCAAGUCGAUACGCACCGUUGCAGUGAGCAACUGAAAAACGGCAAGAAUCACCCAGUACGAUUCUGUCUCCCUCCUGCCAGGCCAGUUUGCACACUCUCGACGCCUCCUCCAAUCAUUUGGACGCCCUUGAGCCCCUGGUGCAGCUGCAGUGCCUAGAACAUCUGUUGGCUUCUGGCAACCAGCUUGCCUCCCUCCCUGACGUGCUCUCGUUGUUCCACUCCGUCCCGUCUCUGACACACGUCGAUCUUAGCGGCAACCCGGUGACGAGCCAGCACAAGUAUCGAGACAGGGUAAUACUGGCCGCUGCUGAGACCGAUGGGGGACUGGGUGAGUAGGUCUGCUUACAUCGGUAUUUCUUGAGCUUGUUGUGUGUUUGUCGUGUGCAGAGGUGCUUGACGGCCGCCGCGUGACGGCUCACGAGAGAGAGUUCCUGACAAGAUGGCGCGCCGUGCAGAAGGGAGAGACCAAGCACAGGUGAGGGGGAGGAAAGAGACACGAGACCAUGCAGACUGAGAGGUCGUAUGGAUGGCUGCAGGCUGCGCCAGAUGAUGGGCGAGCAGCGGAAAGUGCGCACGCGGACCAAUCUAAAGCUGCCCCCUCUGUCUCACGCCCCCACGACCACCAGCUCGUCGCUAUUCUCACCAUCAACCCCACACACCACAUUCACGAGAAGAACGGGUUUUGCAGCUACGCGACGGGACGAGACACAGGGGUCUGCUGGCGUUAAGGCCCGUGCAGUGCGUCGGUCGGCCCCCGAGUGGCCGUGGAAAGAUGGUAUGCUUGAGAUCCCUUUCAUUGAUACAUCGACGUGACGCAUUUGUAUCGUUUUGUACAUAUUCACACAAAUAUAUGAUCGCAGAUGUCUUGCAUUUGUCCUUGAUGCGGACAUUUCAUGGCACUGUAUGGCAUGCCGAUCGCACUGCUACUCUCUCU